AUGUUGAGAUCUUCCUUAAGCAGAGCUUCGACGAGCUGCCUUCGCGGCCUAUCUGCUGCUGCGUCGUCGUCGUCAUUGCAGCCACGCUUCCUAUCGUCCUCCGUCUCGCGCCUGUCCGACAACCUACAGAAACCACUAGCUUUCGCGUUCGACAUCGAUGGCGUGCUCAAAGCGGGACCAAAUGUCCUUCCUGAAGCCAAGCGAGCACUUCAGAUUCUCGAAGGCAACAAUCCGCGAAAGCAAAAGAUACCAUACAUCUUCAUCACCAAUGGUGGAGGCAAGCACGAGUCGGCGCGCGCCAAGGAUCUCGCGAGGGAGCUCGAGGUGCCCGUCACACAAGAUCAAGUCAUUCAGGCGCACACCGUCAUGAAGUCGCUCGUACCUCUGUACGGUGACAAACCGAUUCUGAUGAUCGGAGGGCCAGAGACGCCGCCCAACGCAGCUCGAGAAGUGAUGCAGAGCUACGGGUUCCAGAACGUAUACACCGCGCUAGAUCUCCAUGCACACGCGCCGGCCGCCUGGCCAUUCUCCACCGUACACCCCGACCAGCUGCCAUACGUCCGUCGCGAAGACUUCUCCAAGAUUCGGUUCGCCGCCAUUCUCGUCUUCCACGACAGCAGGGAGUGGGGCCGGGAUACGCAGAUCAUCAUCGACAUUCUGCGCUCGCACAACGGCGUGUUUGGCACCGAGCAUCCACCAACGGAGCCGCUUCCGGACAAGCAGAUCCCCAUCUACUUCUCGCAUGGCGAUCUGCUAUGGGGCAACGACCAUAGCGUGGUACGCUUCGGCCAAGGCGCGUUUCGCCUCGCCAUCGAGAACGUGUACAAGCACACCACAGGACGCGAUAUGGAGUCGGUGGUGUUCGGCAAGCCGCACCGCAUCACGUACGACUACGCGAACGAGCUGCUGCGUCAACAUCUCAUCAGCAUGUCUGGGGCCGAGACGGCGGAGGCAGCCAAGGCAGUAGGUCCGUCCGUCUGGAUGGUCGGCGACAAUACCGAGAGCGAUAUCAAGGGCGCAGUUGAUUUCGGCUGGUCCUCAGCGCUCGUGAGGACCGGCGUGUACAAGGAUCACAACGGCCCACCAAAUCACAAGCCGACCAUAUUGGUGGACAACGUGGAGCAGGCCGUGAUCGAGGCCAUUCAGAGGGAGUGGAAGCUUUGA